AUGCUUUCUACAUUAACAAAUUCAAUUCUGAGCGUAUCACAAAAAUUGCCAAUAAUAAAAUCGGAUAGUAAUCGUACUACUAACCACAAUUAUCAUCCUGUAAAAAGUCAAUUUAAGCAAUCUCUUGAUAUGGCAGAUGAAACGUUAAAGAAGGCACUAAAGAGAGAAAAAAGAGAAGGAUGGGGUAAAAAAAUUAAAAGGAUAAAAAAAGAAGUACAGGGUAAGGAAAUUCAAAAUAUACAAGAUGAAAAUGAAAUGUUGGGUAAAGAAGUUCAAGAAACACAAGAUGAUCAUAAAGUUUAUGUUAUUUCACAUAAUACUCUUGUUACAAGAGGGUUUAUUGGAUUUUCGCAAAGUAGAUUUGCUGAGGAUCUUAUAUGUGAUGGUAUGGAAAUUGAUCUCAGUUAUUCCAAAGACG